AUGGCGUCCAACAUACUCAUUGCGCUGCUGGUCAGCGCAACCGUCAGGACCUCUCGCGCCCAAGAACCACCUCCUACAAACUACCAACUCGUGAAGAACUACACGGGCCAAACAUUUUUCGACGAUUUCAAAUUCUUUUCCGACCACGACCCCACGAACGGAUUCGUCAAAUAUGUCGAUCUAGAGACCGCGAACCAAACUGGACUGGCUGGGUUGGCCUCCAGUGAAACCUUCGAAAAUGCCAUCUACCUCGGUGUCGACUGGUGGUCGCUGAACGUCACACCCGAUGGCCGUCCGUCGACGCGGGUUGAGAGCAUAGACACGUUCAACCAUUCUCUAUGGGUUGCGGAUAUCAAACAUAUGCCAGGAGGAGUGUGUGGGAGCUGGCCUGCGUUUUGGCUUCUCGGACAAGGUGCUCCUUGGCCACAAGCCGGAGAAAUCGACAUCAUGGAAGGUAUCAACACACAGAACGUCAAUAAGAUGGUCCUACACGCCGACACUGGGGUCCGUGUCUUCAACGUCACCGGGGCACCAUACUCCAACCAGACGCAGAUGCGAGGGACGUUGUCCAGUCUAGAUUGUAGCCUUGACACAGCCGGCAAUUCGGGCUGCGUCGCAGAAGGCUCUUGGAACAACUUCGGCACCGACUACAACGCAGCCGGGGGCAGUGUCGUGGCUACCGAGUUCAGCAGCGACGGAAUCAAGAUCUGGAAUUUCCAACGGGACAGCAUCCCCGAAAACAUCGUGUCCGGCAUGCCCGAUCCCUACGACGCUUCGGGUGUCUGGGGCCCACCGGAUGCCAUGUUUGUGAGCAGCGGUAACCAGACGUUCGACAAGCAUUUCUUCGACCUCAAGAUCAUAUUCAACAUUGCACUGUGCGGCGACUGGAUCGAGCAGACCUGGAAUACCUCCGAGUGUGCUUCUCUCGCCCCGACCUGCCGGGACUAUGUUGCCAACAACCCAACGGCCUUCAAAGAUGUGUACUGGGCCAUUGGGGGCGUCCAAGUAUAUCAACAAGCCAAUUCCACGUGCACCUCUACGCCUGUGCCGAGUCUGUCGAGUCCCACACCCGGCUCAGGCCAUGCAAGACGUCGCCGGCAUUCUCGAGGUUUCAGGCAUUCGUGA